AUGGCUGUGGUAUUCGACAUCUGGAUACCUGGGUCUGUGCAGGAGAUACUGCAGAUCUCCGGUCUGACUCUGCAGACGUGUCUUGUCUUCUGCACGGCCUUUCUCCUGGCUCGUUUCCUCCUAAAACGUCGACUAAACCUGCCUCCCUACCCGGCAGGACGUGUGCCUGUUCUCGGGCACCUCCUCGCGUUGGGCCGGAAGCCUCCUCUAAAGCUGACGGCGUGGAGGCGGCAGUACGGGGACGUCUUCACCGUCAGGAUGGGGAUGGAAGAUGUGGUGGUUCUGAACGGCUACGCUGCCGUCAAGGACGCGCUCGUGGACAGGUCCGAGCUGUUCGCCUCGAGGGCGGAAAACUACAUGUUUGAUAUAAUUUUCGACUUUGGGAAGGACAUUGCUUCUGCACGAUGGGGGACUGAGUUUAAACAGAGAAAGAGGUUUGCUCUCGCCGCCUUAAAGCACCUCGGCAUGAAGGUUGGAACCGGCAGCAUCCAGGAGAACAUCCGAGAGGAAGCAAACUCUCUGCGCAAGAGGAUGACAGAAUAUGAGGAAAGGCCAUUUGACGUAUCAAACGAUCUUUGCGUGGCUGUGGCAAACGUCAGCUGCUUCAUGGUGUUCGGGAAGCGUUACGACUACGAGGAUGAAGAGUUCCGCGAGCUCGCAGAGGCGGUAGUGGGCGUCAUCGACGAACUUGGAGCGGGACAAAUCAUCAGCGUCUUCCCUUUGUUAAGGUUCAUUCCUAAAAUAAACAGAACCUAUAAGGAAGUGUUAAAACAAAACUCAAAGAUAUAUCGACAGAUAUGGGAAGAGAUAGCCCGACAUCGCGAGACCCUGGAUCGCGAGAAUCCGCGAGACUUCCUCGACCUCUGUCUGCUGGAGCUGGAACUGCAGGAGAAGGUGGACGGUCUGACAGAGGAGAACGUCUUGUACAUGACUCAGAACCUCUUCAUAGCGGGUAUGGACACUACCACCAUCACCCUGCUCUGGAGUUUGCUCUUUAUGACUGUGAACCCCGACAUCCAACAUAAGGUGCAGCAGGAGCUUGAUGCCGUUGUUGGUGAGGGUCUGCCCGCCCUGUCCCACCGUUCCCAGCUGCCCUACGUGAACGCCUGUCUGCUGGAGGUCAUGAGGAUCCGUCCUCUUCUUCCCUUCUCAAAUCCCCACGCGACCACGCAAGACGUCAAGGUUAUGGGGUUUGACAUCCCUAAAGGCACUCAAGUCCUACCUAACCUGUACUCCCUCCACAUGGACCCCGCCUACUGGCAUGAUCCGGGCCGGUUUGACCCCGGAAGGUUUCUGGACGUGGAAGGAAACGUCAUCAACAAGCCUGACUCUUUUAUGCCUUUUUCAGGAGGCCGCCGUGUGUGUCUCGGUGAGCAGCUGGCCAGGAUGGAGCUGUUCCUGUUCUUCUCGACCCUGCUGCAGUCCUUCACAUUCAAGCCGCCAGAGGGCGCUCCUCCUCCAGCCACUGACGGCUAUUUUACGAUAGCGCUGAGGCCACAUCCGUUUCAGUUCUGCGCGAUACCACGUUAG